AUGAUGCAGACAACUUACAGUCAUGAUCCCCGUUUCUCUUACACACUCUAUAUUCCACCUGGCGUUUCCGACAAACAACAACUUCCACUCGUAGUUCUCAUACACGGUCUCCAACGUAAGGUUGGCGAAAUGUUCGAUUCCUACAAAGAAUUUGCUGACCACAAUUACUGUGUACUGUUCAUUCCAUUAUUUCCUGAAGGUUACGAUUAUCAGAAACUGAUUGAUUCAUGGACAGAUCUCCGCUACGAUCGCCUGCUACUCGAUAUGAUUGAUGAAAUUACUAUUAAAAAUACGAAUAUCAAUACCGGAAAAUUUUUUCUCCAUGGUUAUAGUGCUGGUGGUCAGUUCGUACAUCGUUUCGCCUGUUUAUGUUCAAAUCGAUUGCUGGCUCUCUCAAUUGGUGCACCAGGUUCAGUUAUACUGAUCGAUGAUAGCGGAAAUGGCCGGAAGGAACGAAAGAUCUAA